AUGCUAGCACAAUCUCCUAGUCAUCCCAGUCAUUCCAUUCGUCCUAGUGAUCCCAGUCACCCUAGUCAUACCAGUCAUUCCACUCAUCCUAGUCAUCCCAGUUAUCUUAGUGAUCCCAGUCAUUCCAGUCACCCCAGUCAUCCUAGUCAUCCCAGUCAUCCUAGUAUUCCUAGUCAUCCCAGUCAUAGUAGUCAACUACUUCAUCCCAGUCAUCGUAGUCAUCCCAAUGAUUCCAUUCGUCCUGGUGAUCCCAGUCACCCUAGUCACCCUAGUCAUCCCAGUCAUCCUAGUAAUCCCAGUCAUCCUAGUAAUCCCAGUCAUCCCAGUCACCCUAGUCAUCCCAGUUAUCGCAGUCAUCCUAGUGAUCCCAGUCAUCCCGGUCAUCCUAGUAAUCCCAGUAAUCCCAGUCAUCCCAGUCAUCCCAGUCAUCCUAAGUGAUCCCAGUCAUCCCAGUCAUCCUAGUAAUCCCAGUAAUCCCAGUCAUCCUAGUGAUCCCAGUCAUCCUAGUCAUCCCAGUCAUCCUAGUGAUCCCAGUCAUCCCGGUCACCCUAGUAAUCCCAGUUAUCUUAGUGAUCCCAGUCAUCCCAGUCAUCCUAGUAUUCUUAGUCAUCCCAGUCACCCCAGUCAUCCUAGCCAUCCCAGUCAUUCCAGUAGUCCUAGUGAUCCCAGUCAGCUAAGUCAUCCCGGUCAUCCUUAUCAUCCUAGUCAUCCCAGUCAUCUUAGCCAUUCCAGUUAUCCUGGUCAUCCCAGUCAUGGUAGUCACCCUAGUCAUCCCAGUCAUCCUAAGUGAUCCCAGUCAUCCCGGUCAUCCUAGUAAUCCCAGUCAUCCUGGUGAUCCCAUUCAUCCUAGUCAUCCCAGUCAUCCUAGUCAUCCCAGUCAUCCCGGUCACCCUAGUAAUCCCAGUCAUCCCGGUCACCCUAGUAAUCCCAGUUAUCUUAGUAUUCCUAGUCAUCCCAGUCACCCCAGUCAUCCUAGCCAUCCCAGUCAUUCCAGUAGUCCUGGUGAUCCCAGUCAGCUAAGUCAUCCCAGUCAUCCUUAUCACUCUAGUCAUCCCAGUCAUCUUAGCCAUUCCAGUUAUCCUGGUCAUCCCAGUCAUGGUAGUCACCCUAGUCAUCCCAGUCAUCCCAGUCAUCCUAAGUGAUCCCAGUCAUCCCGGUCAUCCUAGUAAUCCCAGUCAUCCUAGUGAUCCCAGUCAUCCUAGUCAUCCCAGUCAUCCCAGUCAUCCUAGUGAUCCUAGUCAUCCCGGUCACCCUAGUAAUCCCAGUUAUCUUAGUAUUCCUAGUCAUCCCAGUCACCCCAGUCACCCCGGUCAUCCUAGCCAUCCCAGUCAUCCCAGUCAUUCCAGUAGUCAUCCGAGUCAUCCUUAUCACCCUAGUCAUCCCAGUAAUCUUGGCCAUUCCAGUUAUCCUGGUCAUCCCAGUCAUGGUAGUCAUCCUAGCCAUGGUAGUCAUCCCAGUUAUCUUAGUCAUCCCAGUCAUGUUAGUUAUCCCAAAAAUCCCAGUCAGUAGUGUCAUCCAAGUCAUUCCAGUCAUCCUAGUCAUCUCAGUAAACUUAUUCACCCCAGUCAUCCCAGUCACCUUAUUUAUCCCAGUAACAGUAGUCAACUAAGUCAUCUUAUUCGUCCUAGUCAUAACAGUCAUCUCAGUCAUCCCAGUAGUCCAUGUCGUCCUAGUCAUCCCAGUCAUCCUAGUCACCACAGUCGUCCUAGUUCUCCCAGUCAUCCUAGUCAUCCUAGUCAACCCAGUCAUCCCAGUCAUCCUAGUCACCCUAGUUUUCCUAGUCAUCUUAAUCAGUCAUUCUAGUCAGCCUAGUCAUCCCAUGCCAGUCAUGUUAGUAAUCCCAAAAAUCUCAGUCAUCUCAGUGAUCUCAGUCAGAAGUGUCAUCCCAGCCAUUCAAGCCAUCCUAAUGAUCCCAGUCAGCCCAGUCAUCCUAGUCACCCUAGUCAUCCCAAUUAUCCUAGUCAUCCUAGUCAUCCCAGUCAUCUUAGUCAUUCCAGUCAUCCUAGUCAUCCCAGUCACCCUAGUCAUCCCAGUCAUGUUAGAAAUCCCAAAAAAUCCCAGUCAUCUUUGUCAUCUUAGUCAUCCCAGUCAGCAGUCAUUCCAGUCAUUCCCAGUCAUUCCAGUUAUCCCAGUCAUCUCAGUAAUCUUAUUUAUCCUAGUCAUUCUGGUCAUCUGAGUCACCCUAGUCAUGCCAGUCAUCCUAGCCAUGUUAGUAAUUCCAAAAAUCACAGUCAUCUUUGUCAUCCCAGUCAUCAGUAUCAUCCCAGUAAUCCCAGUCAUAGUAAUCAUCCUAGCAGUCCCUGUCAUGUUAUUUAUUCCAAUAAUUUCAGUCAUCCCAGUUAUACUAGUCAUGCUAGUUAUC